AUGGGAACAGAGGAGAGUAACUAUGGAAACAAACAAGCUUUACCCAGAUCUACUCUGACUGUGACUCCAGACACUGCUGUCUUCACUGGAGAGAGAGUGAGUCUGAAGUGUGUGAUAACACCUUAUUACACUGACUGGAGAUAUGAGUGGAAUAAAGACAGUGUAAUAUUACAGUCGUCUGAGCGUCACACUGUAAACAGAAACACUCUCACUAUUGAAGGAUCUGAAUCAUCUGAUGCGGGUCAGUACACGUGUAGAGGACAGAGAAAAGGGCGACCAAACUCUUCACAAUCAAACUAUGUUUCUCUCUCUGUGAAGGAUCUGGAGCCAAAGCCUGAACUCACAUCAGAUCCUGCAGGAGCUGCACUGACAGGAAACACAGUGACUUUGACCUGUCGCAUGAAUCUGUCUCCUGGAUGGGACUUUUACUGGUACAAACACACACUGAACUCUGAGACAAAGACAGAAACAAACUCCUACAGUGUGAAGAUUGAUUCAGUGUCUGAUGGAGGCCAGUACUGGUGUAGAGCUGGAAGAGGGAAACCAGUCUACUACACACAAUACAGUGAUGCACUGUGGGUAAAUGUUACAGUGAGUCCUAAAGCUGUGGUGACGGUACGACCGGAUGAACAAGUGUUCAGAGGAGAAACAGUCUCUCUCAGAUGUGAUAUAAAGUGGGGAGGAGACACUGAGUGGACGUACAGAUGGGAAACAGAGGGAACUAACUACCAACAUAAAACCUCUGUCAGCCGAACCUCAACACAAGAGCUGAACAUCAGCAGUGUUGAAGUCUUUCACCGUGGUAAAUACACCUGUACAGGACAGAUGGGAACACAAAGCUCUCAGCGCAGUGAUGCUGUUACACUGAAUGUAUCAUCUGAAGCUCAGGCAGCAGUGCGAGUGUCUCCACAGCCGUGGCUGACUGAAGGAGACUCAGUGACUCUGAUCUGUGAGGUUACAGUCUCCUCUACAGGCUGGACGUUCAGCUGGUUCAGAGAUGAUGAUCAUCUGUCUGACAGCAGCAGAGGAGCUGGAGGCUCUUACACUCUCAGUCCUGCUGCUCUACAGCACACAGGAGUUUAUACGUGCAGAGCAGAGAGAGGACGACCGGCCUAUUACACAAAGACCAGUAACACACAGCCCCUGUGGAUCACUGGUGUUUCUCCUUCAGUGUCUCUGGUGGUCCGUCCCAGCAGAAGUCAACACUUCUCAUCUGACUCUCUCUCUCUGAGCUGUGAGGAUCAGACGAACUCUUCUGGAUGGACAGUGAGAAGAUACACAGACAGAAACACAGAAGAUUGUUCAAAACUAACAGGAUCUACAUGUCGACUCGUCUCUCUCAGCACAUCUGACUCUGGAGUUUACUGGUGUCAGUCUGAAUCUGGAGAGAAACGUCAUCCUCUAAACAUCACUGUACACAAUGGUGAUGUGAUUCUGGAGAGUUCUGUUGAUCCUGUGAUUGAGGGACAUACUCUGACUCUACACUGUUUACAUCGAUCUACAAUCUCCUCGAUCCUCAGAGCUGAUUUCUAUAAAGACGGAUCACUCGUCCAGAAUCAGACGACAGGAGAGAUGAACAUCACGACUGUCUCAGAGUCAGACGAGGGUUUCUACUACUGUAAAACAGAGAAAGGACAGUCACUGCACAGCUGGAUCUCAGUCAGAGUCUCAGCAGCUUCAUCUUCUCUUCUGGUCACUGGUGUGGUUGUGGGAUCGAGUGUUUGUCUGUUGUUCUUCCUCUCACUGCUGCUGAUGUGGAGAUACAAGAAGAACAAAGAUCAGCCGCGUAACAUUAACCAGACAUCAGUCCCAAAUCAAUCUGCACAAUCUCAACUGGAUAACUUUCCUCUACAGUCUGCAGAUUCUGAUCACAUUUAUAACAAUGUGACUGAAGUGAAUAAGAGAGUCAAAGAUGAUUCAGAGCCCUGGACAGAUGUCACAUAUUCAGAGGUCACUGUUAAGAAAAAGAUGGACAAAGCUAAAUCAGAGUCAAAUUAUGUGACAUACUCAGAAGUCGGAAAAAGAGGAAAGAAAUGCAAAAGUAAAGAUAUUAAUCCUGCAGGACCCAGUGAUUUGACUUACGCAGAGAUCAAUAUACAGGACAAGAAGAAAACCAAAGGCAAAGGGAAGAUCAGUGAGUCUGGAGACACUUUGUACUCUGAACUGAAGCAGAACACAGAUAGAGAUGCUGAUGCUGGAGUUGGUGAUGCAACUUCUGCUCUAGCUUUUUGGAAAAAGGGUCACAAGAAGAUUAAUAAAACAUGUCCCUGAGUUCAGAGAAGACACCAGACGACUAAAAGAUUCACAGCAGCAGACACAGUAACGCUUGCAUUGCUUCAGAAAUGAUAAUGAGUGAACUGAUUAUGAACAUGCUUGACUGAAAUACUUUACAGAUAUUUAUGCACUGUAUUAUAUGUACAAUUGCAAGCAAUCAAAUCUAUCUACACAUAUAGUAAAACAGUUUUACCAGUGA